CUUCUCUGGCCACACUCUGAUUUUGGUGCAAUCCUGUUUUAGAGUUCUGUGAUCCUGAGAAGCUAAUAAUAAGUUAAAAUAUGUCCGAUCAGGGGGCCGUCGGCUACAACAUAACCAAGGACCCGGCCUUGGCCAAGAGCCGCAUCUUCCUGGGCAACCUGCCGGUCUGUACGCGGGAGGAGCUGGUGAGCAUUUGCCAGCCGUACGGCAAAGUCCUCGGCUCGAUGGUUCAGAAAAACUACGGAUUUGUGCAGUUUGAGACGGAGGAUGUGGCCAAUAAAGCCGCCUCCGCCCUGCAUAGGUCCACUUUCAAGCAGAACUUGCUCACCGUGCGCAACGCCAGCAUAAAAUCCAAGGCCGCCAAUGCGAAUGCCAAGAGGAAUGCCAACCAGGGAGCCCAGGUCACGGUUCAGGGCGGGCUUGUUAUGUCAGCGGCAGCAGCGGCUGCUGGUCAGCCCCUCAUCAACGACUGCGAGAUUAUAGUCAAGAAUCGGGAGAAUACCAAAUACGCCGAGUACAUUGAGGAGCGGCUGAAGAACGCCAGCAUGCGGGUGGAUGUUCUGUUUCCCAACGAGGACGUCCCGCUGGGCAAGGUCCUGGCCAACAUAUCUUCGCGUGGCUGCCUGUAUGCGGUUGUAGUAACUCCGCAGCACGAGGAGCACAAUAGCAUCACCGUAAACAUUCUCUACGGAGUGGCCGCUGAGCAUCGCAACAUGCCACUGGAGGACGCAAUCACUCUGAUUGCCACCGACUUCAGACUGAAAAAGCAGCGUGAUGCUGUCGCCCCACCCAUGAUAACCACGAUGCACAAAGGACAGAGACGACAUCCAGAUCAAAUGCAGGAACUGCUCGAGAGACUGGCGGACAAUCAUCCGCUGACCGCCUCGCAGUACGAGGUUAUCCUCAAGUAUCUCGAGGGCGAACGCGAGGAGCAACUGAAGCGCGAGGUGGGCGAGGCAAAUGCCCUGGCCAAACUAAAAGCUCCCGACCCAGAGGUCGAGCUGCAGAAGAAGAUCAUGAGCAUUAUGAACAAGCCGGCGGUAACCGAAAUCACAACCGAGCUCAUGUAUCCCACUUUCGAGGCGGUCAAGGAGGACAAAAGGCUGAUGGAGCUGCUGGCCGACGAGCGCGUCAUUGCGGCCCUGGAGAGCGUUUAUAACUCGGAUCUCAAACAGACUAUAGCCGAGUUCUUAUAGAUUCUCGGUCUUUUGUAGAUAUAAGAUGCUAGGGACACGAGGUUUGCAAAGCUAGGGACACGUCUUUGUGUCUUCUAAAUUUGACGCGAAGAGUAUUUAUACUUAUAUAAUUUUUUAAAGGCAUUGAAGCCAAAUUUAUACGGAUUCCUGGCAUUUAAUAAAUGUCUCAACGAUCCCCUAAUA